AUGGCGCAAGCACCCGCGACGACGACAACAGACCAGGAGCCCUGGCUGAGACAGCUGUCAAUCGAACUGGCAGCGUUGGCGGCAGACUGCGCCUCGCGCCCUGAGGAGUGGGUGCGAAGUCGACUAGAAGAAAUUCAUGCGAGCAUCGAGAAGAUAUAUAUCAGCGUGUGGGAAGAGAACAAGCGUCUUCAAGAGAAGAUCCGCCAGCUCAAGGAAGAGAACGAGAGAUUGCAUCAAGAGCGAAUCGAUGCCCUCCUCAGCAGGAACCAUGGCCCAGAUUACGGACUGUCACUCGAGCAGCAGCAGAACAUGGCCCAGAGCAACAUCGAUCGAAUCCUUUCUCAGAGCACAGGCAAGGUGACGGGUCCGCCGCCAGGACCUGCUGCACCGAGAUCGAAUCAUCACGCAGCAUCGAGCGGUCACGCGAUCAAAGUCGAGCCUGCCUCAUGGCCACCUAAUCCAUACCCCAUGAGCGCCAGCCUUGGAGUGCCGAACUAUCUGCCUCCUUACCCCUACAUCUCGAACAACGCUCAGCCGAGUGCUACUCCGCAACUGGAGCCAUACCUCCAGCAGAGCAAGAGGGAGCUCAAAGCGCCACCAACAAAGCGGCAGCGCAAAGGUCCUCGUCCGACGCCCAAGUGCAGCCUUUGCUUCAUCGAGGAUAUAGUCUGCGACGGAAAUUCCAGAUGCCAGUCUUGUUAUAGCCGCCAAGAUGCCUACUGUAACUACGAGGACUGCGUGUAUGGUGAUGAGUGUCCGUACGAAGACUGCACGAGGUUGCAUCCGGAACAGAAGGCUUUCCAGAAUAGGCCCUACUCUGUGUGA